AUGAGCAAAAAGCAGGAAAACGCUCAUAUCCCGAAGUACAUUAAGGACCAGCCGUGGUUCUACAAAGACACCUCGAACUCCACAGAUAAUGAAGAUUAUCUAGCACACCAUCGCAGGUCAAAAACGUCCGACAAAGAUCUGGAUAUCGACAACAACGCAGAACCAAAGGUGGGGCGCGGUAUCAGCGAUGCAUUUGAACAGGUCACAGUCGUCAGACCGCAAAAGAAUCUUUUCUCCAGUCAUCGUGACACUUGUACCAAUUGUGGGAUUUCUGGACACAGGCCAAAAGAUUGCCUGGAAGCUCCUAGAAAGCGUCGAGCGUAUGGUUCAACAGGAUCGUCAGUACAAGCAGAAAGGCGUGCAAGCUCCAAGGAUAACUGGGAUGCCAGAAAAGAUCGCUGGUACGGGUAUGAAGGUAAGGAAUAUGACACGGUUCUGCAAAAAAGUCAGGAACAAGCAGAAACAUUACGAGAGACAAAAAAGGCGAGCAAUAACGACGAGAUGGAUACGGAUGAGGAAAUUGAACUGUCCAAACUGGGGCUCUACAAGCAGGAAAUCAGCGGGAAAAUCGCACAAGACGACGCUCAAGGUUCCAAACUCAGAGCCUCUGUACGACUCAGGGAAGAUCGUGCAGCAUACCUGAAAGAUAUUGGAUCAGAUGCGAUUAAUUACGAUCCUAAGUCGCGGCUAUACAAGUCCAAUGACCUGGGCGAAAUUGAUCCUGAAUCCAAAAUGUUCCAUCGUCAUCUGACCGGUGAAUCGGUAGAAUUGUCUCAAUUGAAUCGUUUCGCUCGCGAGCAAACACUCAAAUCUGGCUUAAGAGACGAAAUCGAGAACGCUGCAAAGACGCAGCACGUUUUGGUGGCAAAUCCCACCAAGUACGAACUUUUGAUGAAAAAUAAAGCUUUGGCGAAGGAAGAGAUUUCUGGCAAAGACGCAUUCAAAGAAGGAAGUGCUAAGAAGAUCACAGGCACCAAACAGACACAAGAGCAAAAAGCGCAGCUCCUACAGAAGUAUGGCUAG